AUGUUGCUCAUGGACCGCGCGUUGCUUUUUGUCGUAGCCCUCUUGGUUCAUGGCCUGCAACCAGUUACAGCAGAGCCUCACUGGGGUCGUUUUGCACGUCGCAUGCUAUCGGAUAACCAGACAAUCCCGGCCACUGCUACCUCAAGUAAUCCAACCGAGGCAGUUUCACCGUCGACAUCGCUGUCGAUACCGCAAUCCAAUUCUGUAUUGAGUAGCGUGGCUACGACAAUAUCCACAUCGACAAACCAACUGUUUACUCUUGAGGGACUCGGGUCGAUUACAGCAUUGCCAAGACCAAGUGCACCUGUAACUCUAAUAGCUGGAUCCAGUCCUACUACUUCCCCAACAUGGCAAAGUAGCCUCAUAUCCGAAUCGCAACUAGAGGUUUCUGCAUCAAGUCUGGUAUCAUCAAUGUUAUCUUCGCCAACGCUUUUCACCAGCACAAUCGCGGCUGUGAACCCGUUGACUACUUCAUCGAUACCUUAUCCGGUCAAUGGCACGGGAAGCAGCCUUGUACCAAACUCUACAGUUAGUCCUGUCUACAACAUUACUAUUGUGACCUACAAGCCACAGUCACCAGUGGUUACGCCGCAAGACGAUAGUACACAAAACAGGGAUGAUGGCAUAACCACAGACAACCCUCAAAGCUGUGUCGCAACCAAUCCCGGCGCUUCUACGAUAUGGUCUACCAUUCACACUUGGACUACUACGUGGACCGGACCUCCUAGUGAUUACACGGCCCCAUUCCCAGCCCCUACCACACCGCCCGUAUGCUCUCAGACAACCGGUCGACUGUCUGUCUCGGUAUGUGGUGGGUCCGGCGAGACUUGCUCACAGUACACUUACCCCUCAACCGGAGAUGGAGAUGGCAAUCGCAGGCCACCGCCCACAGCGACUGAAGUGACAUCGACCAUUGCUGCGACCUCGACUAAAGUACGAGGAGCACCUUCAACGAUCACCUUCUACACGACAGACAAAAAUCCUGUCGUCGUGUUUUCAUCUGAAAAGCCUCCGAAUUACGGUAGUGGAGGGACAACCAUGGUUCAGGACCAUAACACACCAGAUGGUGAUGAUAACCCUACAGGAAUUCCAGAAUAUGGCCGACUCUCGUCACCCAGGCCGCCGCCCGUCACAACAAGUACACCUGAAGCUGUCAAACAAAGUCCUACAUCGUCAACGGCUGUUACCGUCAUCAUCCAAACGACGCAAGUCAUCAUCAAUGGAGAAACUUUCACCGAUAGCCCUCAAAGCAAGACAUCGACAGUCGUUGUCGGGACCGAUACAUUUGUCAUUGAUCCAAGCCAAGUUAUUGGUGCUGGUGCAACGGUGACGAGGCCGGCAAGUGGAGCAAUUUUCAUACCAACCUCUACAACGACCACCAUUGGGGGAUUGCAGGUUGUCUACGGUGCCACUGUAGCAACGAUCGAUGGUACAGUCUUCACGGUGGGCAGUACGCCCUCAACAGCGGUGGUUCAGGGCCAAGUUAUUACGCUUGGUCCCGGAGGCAUCGCCUUCCCUAGCGCAACCAUUCCUAUCAUCAAGGCCGCCGGCGUAACAGAAGCAGCUGUGUUGGGUGGGGAACUACUCACUGCCAUCGGUAAUUCGUUAGUUGUAGUGGAGGGCACCACCUUUACCUACGGCCCAGGCUCCGGUGUCACCACCAAGGUUGUAGAUGGCGACACUAUUCUCAUUGGCCCCACCGGCGUUUCCGUGCACGGGGUGACUCUAGGCGGUCCAACAGCAGCCCCAACAGCGACGACUUAUGAAAUCGUAGGCGGUGCUACCAUCACGGAGAUUGGGGGGUCGGCAGUGGUUAUUGAUGGCACAACGUUUGCCAUCGGCACUUGGGCAACGACUGCAAUAACCACCGUGAUCGAUGGGCAGACGUUGACAAUCGGGCCAAGUGGAGUGGGAUCGGCAUCGUAUACCUUUGCGCAACCUUACGCAACGAGUACAGUAAUCCUGCCGAGGGGAACGUCUGCGUUACCCGCAGCAACAGAGACGUCAAAUGAUGCGGGUUCUUUUUUCCGACCGCAUGGAAGUACACAAAUCAUUGGAAUAUGCAUAGCGAUCGGCGUUGGGUUUUUGGUUGGCUUACUCUGUUAA